AUGAGUGAUAUAAAAGACACUCCAUCCCAAAAUGGAACAGAACUGAUGGAACCGAUGGCUGACGGGAAAGACACUGAAGAAGUCGCUCACGAAGACGUCGUCCAAGAAAAUGCGCAAAUGGAAGAAGAAAUUCAUAAGAUGUCCUCCACCACCACCACAACACUUCAAAACAAAGAGGUGUUAGUCCCAUUAAUUCAAGUGGUCAGUUACAAAGUGACUGGCAUUGUUUUCUUUAUUUUUCUCCUCUUAGUCAUAGGGAGUUUAAUAGGGACGGUCUACAUUCCCUCUCCCUUCACACUAGUAUCUGGCCCCACGUGGCAGUGCACAUGCCCGACGCGGCCGACGGUCUUUGACCCGUCAUGCUGUUACGGGGAUUUAUUGCAACAGAACACGAUAUCGAUGGACAUCGGGCCAUUCACCGAGUUGAAUGAAGAGUUCCGCUUGAGUGGAGUAUUUGUGACCACAAACAAAGUGAAGUUUAACACGAAGCUUCAAUUAAAAAUGACGAUCAAUGGGACGGAUGAUGCGCGUCGGAAUUAUGAAUUGUAUAAGGAUUAUCGCUACGACGCGACGCUGAAUUGCCACGAUUUGAAAUGCGACGAGAUCACGUUCUUCACGUAUCACAUUCUGAGCUUUAGGUAUUACAACGUCACGCUGACAUUGGUCGAACCGGUAGAAGACGCGAUUAAAGCGGAAGUUGGGGAGAUGACGUAUUCUUUGCGUGUGGUGAACAAGAAGUACACUCUUAGUUUUGUGAUCUGGCGAUUUGUGUUUGUUUUGGUGUCGUGCGUGGUCACAGGCCUCUUCACAAUCUUCAGCAGGAAGUACCCGUUUGAUAAUUGGCCGUUUGAGAAUAAGAGCGUCUUUGUAUUACUGCUCGUCCUCAUCUUUCUGAACAACCCAUUUUACACGUACCAAUUUGUCUUUGGCGGAGUCUUCUUUGUCUUUUUGGAUAUGGUGGUGACUGCAUUCUUCUGCGUGUAUGUCUUGAUGGAAGUCCUCAUUGUGUUUGAAGCGUUGAGAAAGCCAAUCAGUUGGAGAACACAACUUGGUUUUUGGAUUGGACGGAUCAUGUUCUUCAUUGCGUUCUUUAUAGUGAUAUUGGUCACGUUGCUCUAUAACGAAGGGUUUAAUUUCACAAAUCCAACGUACGCCCCUCUGAAAGAUAAGAAGAACAUCGUGUUCUCGUGUUUUGUCGGGGUGUUUGUGUUAAUGUAUAUUGGAUGGCUGUUAUUCAGUGUCAUCAGAACCUUCUCAGAAGCAAAGAAAGUCGGAAAUGCUAAGAGAGUCAUCGCAUUCGGCGUGUUAAUGUUCGUGGCUAUUUUCAUAUUUGUCGUGUUACUCAUCGUCGCAUUCUUUUUGGGAUUCGAAAACUCGGCUACGACAUAUUUGGCUACUAUUUCUUACGCAAAUUUCUUUGUGUAUUUACUCGCAUUCUUUUACUUGCCAACACCAUCCAAAAAAUUGUGGAACAAGGCAAAAGCAAUAUUGGUAAAAACUGAAGACAUCACACAAUAUAAGGAACUCCAAACGACAGAUUACACAGAACACCCUUCUUUCGUUACAGCAAAGGAUGGAGAGUCGAGUGAUAUUGAAGACUAA